UUAUUGUGAUUAUUGUGUAGUUGAACUUUGUUGCACGAAUUUCGUGAAUUUAUUUUGUCCAAACGACAAAAAACUGUAACCAAACGGUGUGUCCAAACUUAUUAUGCCUAAUGAUUUAUUAAAACAGCUGGGCGGAAGGAAAGCAAUCAUGGCACCAUUGUCCCCGACCCCGUGCGCGGAGAUCAGUGAUGAUGAGCUGGUCUCCAUCUCCGUCCGGGACCUGAACAGGCAGCUCAAGAUGCGAGGGCUGACCAGGGAUCAGAUAGUCAGAAUGAAACAACGACGGCGGACGCUAAAGAACAGAGGCUACGCGGCGUCGUGUCGUAUCAAACGAAUCGAGCAGAAAGAUGAACUAGAAACUGAGAAAAGUCAGGAAUGGCAUGACAUGGAACUAAUGCAGGAAGACAACAACCGCAUCCGGGAUGAAAUAGAGGCUCUCCGGAGCAAAUAUGAUGCUCUCAAACGGUUUGCUGUUAUGAAAAACAUACCUUUACCGCCUGAGCUAGAUAUACUGCCUUAAGUGAAAUAUAGAAUAUAUUAGUGUAAUAGACUAAUAGUGUAAUGGCGUUAGAGUACAGAAUAAAUGUGACGUUUUCAAUCAAAAGGUACCACAUUGUCGCUUACCAUAGGGACGAAAUUUACUUGUAUAUUUAUACGAAUAACCUGUCAGAGCGUCCUUAUGGCAAGCGACAAUGUGGUACCUUUUGCUUGAAAACGACACAAAUAAUAGUACUAGGUACAGAAGGUUCACUCUCUAACAAACCGCGUCUAUUACGACAGAUAUGAACGCUAGGUGGCGCAAGCGCGAGCAGACGUCCGUUCCGUAGCGGCAACCACUAUGGCUAGACACCAACAUUGGUGUGGGCCGCGUGUACUUGUAGCGACACGACGAAAUCGCGGAAUGAGCCACGCCUGGUAAUUGUAAUGGCGUUAGAGUUAGACCAAGCUAAGUUGGCAGCGAUUUUGAUACUGUGCAAGUGUUAUUUAAACGUCAUAAUUUUGACGACCGGUCUGGCCUAGUGGGUAGUGACCCCGCCUGUGAAGCCGAUGGUCCUGGGUUCGAAUCCCGGUAAGGGCAUUUAUUUAAAGAAAGAAAGAAAAUACAUUUAUUUUAACAUCAUAAACAUUGGACAAAACUAUGAAGAACACAUAAAACACAAAUUAGAUGCUAAAACAGGAUCCCCACUCAGCAUAAUGCCACGGCAAGCCAUGACGCUGAUUUUUAUUGGGUACCUGACUUAAAAACUAAGCUACAACUAAACUAAAACUAAACGAGUGACAAACACAAACUUCAAACACAAAUUACAGAAUUACAGAAAAAAAUAAAUUGAAAUUUAAAUUGAAAUUAGGCAAUAGGUAGAUAUAAUUUAACAUUUUGUUCAACGUUGCGGAUCGUUGGCUUGCAUAAAACAGCAGAGAAGAUGGGUUGCUCUUUCCGAUUUGUGUGAUGAACAGAUAUUUGUUCCUGAGUCAUGGGUGUUUUCUAUGUAUUUAAGUAUUUAUAUAUUAUAUAUAUCGUUGUCUGAGUACCCAUAAAUAACACAAGCCUCCUUGGGCUUACCGUGGGACUUAGUCAAUUUGUGUAAGAAUGUCCUAUAAAUGUCCUAUAAAAAAUAAUUUCAUAGAAGUUUGCUUGGUCUAAUUCUAUUCAUAAACGUGUCAAAUCUAACAAACAGUUAAUAGUCGUUUGUCCCUAUCCGUCAUUUUGACAUUGUGUUUGUUAGAAAGAGACACAAUUUAACAAAGGUUUGCUAAGGAUUAUGAAUAAGGGGGUAAUACUUGAGUGUAUUUUAUGUUUUAAAAUGGGGCAUAUUGUAUGAAAAGGGACCUUAUUGUCGAUGGCGCUUACGCCGCACAGCG